AUGUUUGGCGGCAAUUCCCAGGCGCAUCGCAUCAUCGGGCAGAUCGUCAUCACCGGCGCACGGGUUUUCGGGCGUGCCUUUGCGGAGGCAUACAAGCAGGCUGCUGCCACCUCCAGAUACGCGGCAGAGGCGCGCAAGGGGAACAUGUCCUCGGCCAACACCUAUGCCUCCCACGGCCUCACCCUGGAUGAGGCGUGCAAGAUCCUCAACGUGAAACCCCCUCAGGCCGGCGAAACCAACCUGGAGGUAGUGACAGAGCGGUUCAAGAAGCUGUUCGACAUGAACGACCCCAAAAAGGGCGGCAGUUUCUACCUGCAGAGCAAGGUCCUGCGGGCGCGGGAGCGGAUCGAGAUGGAGAUCCGCGAGGCCGAACGCAAGGCCAAGAUGGAAAAGGAGCUCAGGGAAGGCUGGCGGCCAAAGGUGUACAAGGACCGGUGA